GAAAGGAGUCACAACUGCUGAUGGGUCCGUCAAGCAACGUUCUUGCCAUAGGUGGAAGAACUGGAUGGUUUAAAUUUCCUGUUCUACUGGCGUGCCUGGCACUGGCGUACGUCGUUAUCAAGGAGUACAAGGCAGGAUGGCUUAGAUCACCGGGAGACGGCACAGCGCAAGACCUUCAUUCAACCAGACGUCGCUCUUCUAUCAGAGGUAUGAUGACGGCGGUCAACGCAGGACGUCUCGGCAACCAGAUGGGGUCUUACGCAGUCAUGUAUUCUUUGGCAAAACUCAACCGCUACGCUGCCUACAUUCAUCCACGGAUGCACGCCCGACUAGCUCCUCUGUUCAAACUCAGCCUUCCAGUAUUGGGAAAUGAAAUGCAAAACAUUUCUUGGGUGAACUUCAGUGGCGCCGACAUAAUGUCCGAAUCCUAUAGCCACAUGACUGAAGCACACAUCAAGCUUCGUGGUUACUACAACUCCUGGACGUUUUUCCACCACAUCAAGAACGAGAUCCUCGAGCAGUUUACGUUCCACGAAAAGCUGAAAUUCCGAGCCUGGUCCACUCUGGCUAAGAUGCGAAAAGGGCGACGGAACCCUACUUUCAUUGCAGUCCAUGUUCGCAGGGGGGAUUACAUCAACUUGAUGCCUAGGAAGUACCAGGGAGUACUCGCAGACAAGGAGUACUUCGAAAAAGCAAUGGGGUACUUCAGGGGCCGGUACCAGGAGCCCGUGUUUGUGGUAUCCAGUGACGGACUACAAUGGUGCCGCGAAAAUAUCGACGCGUCCCGUGGAGAUGUUUAUUUUGCGAACGACUGGCACGUGUCUUCGCCGAUAAAGGACCUGACCCUUCUGGCUCACUGUAAUCAUACUAUAAUGACCAUCGGAACUUUUGGCUUUUGGGCUGCUUAUUUAGCCGGCGGCGAAGUUGUCUACUUAACUAAUUACACGCCUCCUGAUUCGACCUGGUUGGGGUUCUUCAAGCCCUUCGCGAAUUACUUGCCCGAAUGGAUCGGGAUGGAAUCUGGCACCCUGCCUCUCCAGAGUGAACACAACCUAGUCGUUAAACCCGUAAAGAUGACUGCAACACCAAGGUCCAAACACAAGUCAGCUGCAAUGAAAAAGGAAUGACCUAGCUAUCGGUAGCCAGAGCAAAGCACGCGUUAAGCGUGAUGUAGAGUGCAAUAACUUUGCUGUAGAGGGCGCAGCGAUCUGCAACACAAGGACUAUUCACUGUUACAGGACAUCACGAGAGAUCAACCAGUAGCAGCGGCAUUUAUGUUUGAUGAUUUCUGCUCCUCGUUAGCUACGUGGUCAUAUAGUGGCGGUAAUAGCAUUAUGAUUUACCGAGUUCUUUGCCUGCCAUGUUGCCCUGGGGGUGGGCCGCCUUUCUGGGCAACUUUGCCAACAUUUGACAAGGAACGUCCGAGGAAGGGCCAGAAACACAACCAGACAACACAUCCUGUAUCAGAACACGAGACAUACUUCUCAAAUGAAAUAUUUUGCGUGACGGUUUCUGAAGGUAGUAUGCUCAUAUGACACAGGGGGUAAAAGAUAUAUGUUCCAA